AUGACGCUCCAAGGCAUGGUCUUGGAUCCAAACGAUCCUGAAUUACAAGAAUCAAUGAAAUAUUUAACAAUGACAAUGGAAGAACGUAAUAAACUUCAAUCACAACCAUUUGAUGGAAAAAAAGCAUGUUGGAUACCUGAUCCAAAGAAAUCAUUUAUUGACGCUGAAAUAACGGGUAUAAAAGGCGAAGAAGUAACAGUUAAAACAAGCAAAGGAGAAAAUGUUACAUUAAAAAAAGAUGAUGUUCAACAAAUGAAUCCACCAAAAUUUGACAUGUGUGAUGAUAUGGCAAAUUUAACAUAUUUAAAUGAUGCUUCAGUACUUCAUAAUUUACGCGAACGUUAUAAAAAUUGGUUAAUUUAUACCUAUUCAGGUUUAUUUUGUGUGGCUAUAAAUCCUUAUAAACGUUUACCAAUUUAUACAACGAAAGUUGUCUUAAUGUAUCGUGGAAAAAAACGUUCAGAAGUAGCACCACAUUUAUAUGCUAUUGCUGACCAUGCUUAUUCAAACAUGCUAAGAGAACGGGAAAAUCAAUCUAUGUUGAUUACUGGUGAAAGUGGUGCUGGAAAAACUGAAAAUACUAAAAAAGUCAUUCAAUAUUUCGCCUAUGUCGCUGCAGCUAGUGUUAAGAAAGAAGGAGAAAAGGGUAAAUUUAUUCGUAUACAUUUUGGUGCCCAAGGCAAAAUUGCAGGUGCUGAUAUUGAAGUUUAUUUAUUAGAAAAAGCUCGCGUCAUUUUUCAACAACCAGCUGAAAGAAAUUAUCAUAUUUUCUAUCAGUUAUGUUCAAAUGCAUUUCCAGAAUAUCAUAAGGAACUUUUAUUAAUGAACGAUCCAGGAAAAUAUCAUUAUGUUGCUCAAGGCAUGUUAACAAUUGAAAAUGUUGAUGAUGCCGAAGAAAUGAGAAUAACAGAUGAAGCAUUUGAUGUAUUGGGUUUUACAAAAGAAGAAAAACUAAAUAUGUACCGUUGUACGGCAGCUAUAAUGCAUUUUGGUAAUUCAAAGUGGAAACAACGACCUAGAGAAGAACAAGCAGAAGCAGAUGGUACCGAAGAUUGUGAAAAAGUUGCCUUUUUAUUGGGCGUUGAAGCAGUCGAUUUAAUCAAGGGUUUAUUAAAACCACGUAUCAAAGUUGGUACUGAAUAUGUAAACAAGGGUCAAAAUAAAGAUCAAGUUGUUAAUUCAAUUGGAGCAUUAUCAAAAUCAAUUUAUUAUCGUAUGUUUUGUUGGCUAGUUGAACGUGUCAACGUUACAUUAGAUGUUAAAGCAAAACGUCAAUAUUUUAUUGGUGUUUUGGAUAUUGCUGGUUUCGAAAUUUUUGAUUAUAACGGUUUUGAACAAUUAUGUAUUAAUUAUACAAAUGAACGUCUUCAACAGUUUUUUAAUCAUCAUAUGUUCGUCUUAGAACAAGAGGAGUAUAAAAAAGAAGGUAUUCAAUGGGAAUUUAUUGAUUUUGGAAUGGAUUUACAAGCGUGUAUUGAUUUAAUUGAAAAGCCAAUGGGCAUAUUAUCUAUUCUUGAAGAAGAAUGUAUUGUACCAAAAGCCACUGAUAAAACAUUCGUUGAAAAAUUAUACAAUAAUCAUCUUGGAAAACAUCCACAAUUUGGUAAACCAAAACCAUUAAAAGGCAAAGUUGAAGCACACUUUGACAUUCAUCAUUAUGCUGGCUCUGUGCCUUAUACAGCAACAAGUUGGCUAGAAAAAAAUAAAGAUCCAAUUAAUACAACUGUUGCUGCACUAUUUUCAAAAUCGAAAAAUCCAAUGCUAUGUCAUUUAUAUAUGGAUGUAGCAGCUGAAGAAGACGAUAAAGCCUCAGGUGGUAAAGGUGGUGUUGGUAAAGGUAAAAAAGGAGGCAGUAUGCAGACAAUAUCAGCUACUCAUAGAGAACAAUUGAAUAAACUUAUGGUUAAUUUAAGACAAACUCAUCCUCAUUUUGUUCGUUGUAUUAUUCCCAAUGAAGUUAAAACGGGUGGUAUACUCGAUUCACAUUUGGUUUUACAUCAACUUCAUUGUAAUGGUGUAUUAGAAGGUAUUCGUAUCUGUCGUAAAGGAUUUCCAAAUCGUAUGAUUUAUUCUGAAUUUAAACAACGUUAUACUAUAUUAGCACCAAAUGCUAUACCCAAGGGAUUUGUUGAUGCUAAAAAAGCAACUGAAUAUACUCUUAAAGAUAUUGUUUUAAGUGAAGAAUUAUAUCGUUGUGGUAUAACAAAAGUAUUUUUCAAAGCUGGUGUUCUUGGUCAAUUAGAAGAUAUGCGUGAUGCUGCAUUAUCAAAAAUUAUUACCAUAUUACAAGGUCAAAUACGUGGUUAUGUUAUGCGUAAAGAAUAUAAAAAAAUGCUUGAUCAACGUAUGGCAUUAUCAAUAUUACAACGAAAUAUAAGAAAAUAUAUUUCUAUUCGUAAUUGGCCAUGGUGGAAAUUGUAUACAAAAGUAAAACCAUUAUUAAGUGUAGCAAGACAAGAAGAAGAAAUGAAAAAAUUAGAAGAAGAAUUUAUAAAAUUAAAAGAAUCAUUAGAAAAAGAAGAAAAAUUACGAAAAGAAAUUGAAGAAAGUAAUGCAAAAUUAAAUAAAGAUAAAAAUGAUAUGUAUUUGACAUUGGAAGCGGAAAGAGCAAAUACAAAUAGUGCUGAAGAACGUUUACAAAAAUUAGUUUCACAAAAAGCUGAUUUAGAACAACAGAUAAAAGAUAUGGAAGAACAUAUUAGAGAAGAAGAAGAAGCAUCAACCGAAUUACAAAAUAAACGUAAAAAACUUGAACAUGAUAUUGAUGCAUUGAAAAAAGAUAUUGACGAUAUGAGAUUAAAUUUACAAAAAGCCGAAAAUGAAUGUAAAACACGUGAUAAUCAAAUACAUACUUUACAAGAUGAAAUGGCUCAACAAGAUGAAACAAUUGCUAAAUUGACACGAGAGAAGAAACGUUUAGAAGAACAAAAUACAAAAACUACCGAAGAAUUACAAACUGAAGAAGAUAAAGUAAAUCAUUUGAAUAAAUUAAAAGCAAAAUUGGAACAAUCAUUGGAUGAAUUAGAAGAUAAUUUAGAACGUGAAAAGAAAAAUCGUACUGAUUUAGAAAAAUUAAAACGAAAAUUGGAAACAGAUAUCCGAACAUUACAAGCCAAUAUAGAAGAUCUUGAACAUGUUCGACGUGAAUUAGAAGAAGGUUUAAAACGUAAAGAUCAAGAAAUUCAACAAAUGAGUGGUCGUUUAGAAGAUGAACAAGGACAUGCAUCGACUUUAGGUAAAAAAAUUAAAGAACUUCAAGCAAGAAUUGAAGAAUUAGAAGAAGAAAUAGAAACAGAACGUCAAUCAAGAGGAAAAACUGAAAAACAACGAGCUGAUUUAGCACGUGAAAUUGAUGAAAUGAAUGAUCGUUUGGAGGAGGCUGGCGGUGCAACAUCGACACAGGUUGAAAUGAAUAAAAAACGUGAAAGUGAAUUAGCCAGAUUAAGAAGAGAUUUAGAGGAAGCUAAUCUUCAACAUGAAGCAACAGCUGCUCAAUUGAGAAAGAAAAAUCAAGAUGCAGUUAAUGAAAUGGGAGAACAAAUUGAUCAAUUGCAAAAAUUAAAAAAUAAAUUAGAAAAAGAGAAACAACAAGUCAAAAGUGAAUUAGAUGAUUUACAUAUACAAAUUGACCAUGUUACCAAAGGUAAAUUAACUGCUGAAAAAUUAUCAAAACAAUUAGAACAACAACUAGGUGAAAUGCAAACAAAAUUAGAUGAUCAUACUAAACAAAUAAAUGAUUUUAAUUAUCAAAAAUCAAAAUUAUUGUCAGAAAAUUCAGAUUUAUUAAAACAAUUAGAAGAUGUUGAACAUCAAGUUGGCUCAUUGACAAAAUCUAAAACGAGUUUAGAAUCACAAGUCGAUGAAGCAAAACGUGCUUUAGAAGAAGAGAUACGUAGUAAAAAUGUUAUAGCCUCUCAAUUACGUAAUUUAACAGCUGAUUUAGAUCAAGCUAAAGAACAAUUAGAUGAAGAACAAGAAAGUAAAUCAGAAUUACAACGUCAAGUUACAAAAUUAAGUGGUGAAACUCAUCAAUGGCGUGCAAGAUUUGAAUGUGAGGGUGUAGCACGUGCAGAAGAAUUAGAAGAAGCUAAACGUAAAUUAGCAGCAAAAUUAUCGGAAGCUGAGGAACAAGUUGAAGCUGCGUUAAACAAAUGUAAUUCAUUGGAAAAAGUAAAAGCCCGUUUACAAGGCGAAGUCGAAGAUUUAAUGGUCGAUGUUGAACGUGCUAAUGCCAAUGCAUCAGCUAUGGAUAAAAAACAAAAACAAUUUGAUAAAUUAAUCAAUGAAUGGAAACAAAAAUGUGAAGAUAUUACAAUGGAAUUAGAAGUAUCGCAAAAAGAAGCACGUCAAUAUUCUACAGAAUUAUUUAAAUUUAAAACACAAUAUGAAGAAUCACAUGAACAAAUUGAAGCAUUAAGAAAGGAAAAUAAAACGUUAUCAGAUGAAAUUAAAGAUCUUAUCGAUCAAUUGAGUGAAGGUGGUAAGUCUGUACAUGAAUUAGAUAAAGCAAGAAAACGUUUAGAAAUAGAAAAAGAAGAAUUACAAGCAGCUCUAGAAGAAGCUGAAUCAACAUUGGAACAAGAAGAAGCCAAAGUUCUACGUACACAAAUGGAAUUAUCAACAGUUAGACAAGAAAUAGAUCGUCGAAUACAAGAGAAAGAAGAAGAAUUUGAAAAUACAAGACGUAAUCAUCAACGAGCAUUAGAUUCAAUGCAAGCAAGUCUCGAAGCUGAAUCACGUUCAAAACAUGAAGCUCUUAAACAAAAGAAAAAAUUAGAAUCUGGUAUUAAUGAAUUAGAAAUUGCUCUUGAUCAUUCAAAUCGUACAAAUGCUGAUUUACAAAAAUCGAUUAAAAGAAUGCAACAAUCUGUAUCAGAUCUACAAGUACAAGUUGAAGAAGAACAACGACAACGUGAUGAAGCUAGAGAAACAGCGGCCACUGCUGAACGUCGGGCUAAUUUAAUUGUCGGUGAAUUAGAAGAAUUACGAACAACAUUGGAACAAGCUGAACGUGCACGAAAAGUAGCUGAAAAUGAAUUACAUGAAGCAGUUGAUCGUGUUUCUGAAUUAAGUACUCAUAAUGCUACUUUAUCAUCACAACGUCGACAAUUAGAAGCGACAGUGGUUGCUAUGCAAGCUGAUCUGGAUGAAGCUAUAGCCGAAUUAAAAAAUAGUGAAGAACGAUCGAAGAAAGCUGGUGCUGAUGCUGCUCGAUUAGCUGAAGAAUUACGACAAGAACAAGAACAUGCUCUACAUAUCGAACGUUUAAGAAAAAGUCUAGAACAACAAGUUAAAGAUCUUCAAACACGUUUAGAUGAAGCCGAAGGCAAUGCACUUAAAGGAGGAAAACGUAUCAUUGCUAAACUUGAACAACGAAUUCAUGAACUUGAAGGUGAAAAUGAAAUGGAACAACAUCGUCAUGCCGAAACACUCAAAGAAUUACGUAAAAAUGAUCGACGUUUGAAAGAAUUAGCAUUUCAAGCUGAAGAAGAUCGUAAAGAUCAAUUACGUUUACAAGAUUUAGUAGAAAAAUUACAAAAUAAAACAAAAAUUUAUAAACGACAAGUUGAAGAAGCAGAAGAGAUAGCUUCUUUAAAUUUAGCCAAAUAUCGUAAAGUACAAUCAGAAUUAGAGGAUUCUGCUGAACGAGCAGAUAUUGCUGAAAAUCAAUUAGCAAAAUUACGUGCAAAAAAUCGAUCUACAAUAUCGGCAAGUAGAUCAUCGCCAAUGCGUGAAUUUCGUGAAAGUACACGACAAGCAAGCUUAGUUCGUGCAUCCUCCGUACGACCACGUUAA